AUGCCAAUAACUCUUUAUGGAUCCAUUGUCAGUCCGCCGACUAGAGCUACAAUGAUGCUUAUAGAUAUACUAGGAAUUGAAGUUGAAUUCAAAGAAGUUAAUCUACCUAUGAGAGACCAUUACAAACCUGAUUAUUUGGAAAGAAACCCACUCCAUACUAUUCCCAUGUUAGAAGAUGACGAUUACAGAAUAGUGGACAGUCAUGCAAUCAUGACAUAUUUGUGUUCAAAAUAUGACAAUGAUAAUUUGUACCCUAAAGACAUAAAAGUAAGGUGUACUGUCGAUCAGCGCUUAUAUUUCGAUGCGACUGUUCUUUUUCCAAGACUUCGCAGAGUAAUUUAUGAUAUUACUCAAAGGAGAACGUCUGGUUUAACAGAAUACCAUAUAAACGAUAUAAUUGAAGCCUACGACGUCACAGAAAAGUACCUGGAAGCUUCAAAAUAUAUUGCAACUGAUGAACUGACUGUAGCCGAUUUGUCUUGUAUAGCAACAACAUCUUCACUGAAUUCUAUAAUUCCAAUCAAUGAGAAAUAUGUUAAAAUACACGCUUGGAUGUCAAUGUUGAAGAAAGAAGAAUGGUAUCAGAAAAAUAACACUUCAGGCAACUCCACUUUUACUUUCUUCUUGACAAACUUAUUGAGAAGAUAA